AUGCUCGCGCAACUCAAGUCUCUUGCUUCGCACAACCUGUUCCUGUUCCUGUGCGUCUUCGGCGCCGGGGGCGUGGCCAAGGGGGUCCUGGACUUCCUCGACAUUUUCGAGCCCGCGACUGCGGCCAAGAUUCAAGUAGGCGUCGUGUUCCUGGCAAUCUUCAUCGCAGGAACUGUCAGGUCGAUGCGCGAGCUGAAGGAGAACGAGGACGCCGCCGCCGCGCGCGCCAAGACGGACGAGAGCAAGGUGACGGCUGCUUCGGGAAGGAAGACGCCCAUGCGCUCCCGCCGGCCACGCAGGGAGGAGUGA